AUGCCGGUGCAAAUGGGAAGGCUGAAAAGUUUGAGACAAUUGACUGCUUUUGUUGUGGGCAGAUCUGCUGGGUCAAGCAUAGGAGAGCUGAGGGAGUUCCCGCCGCUUCAAGGAAAACUUGCAAUUUUUAAUCUACAAAAUGUAGAUGAUGCUAGGGAUGCAUUGCAAGCCAAUUUGAAGGACAAGAAAGAUCUCAAGGAGUUAGAGUUGCAUGGGGCGCAGAGGAUGCUGAUAAUUCCCAAAAGGAGAAAGAUGUGCUUGACAAGCUCCACCCUUGCAUGA